CGUCGGGACGCGAGCAUCCAAAGACUCCGGCAAGACCUGCUCCUCUCUCAUCAGGCCCGUGACGCCCAGAGCGUUCAGCUGGACGUCCAAGAGCAGAGACUGUGGGAUCUGCAGAGACAGCUGCAAGAAAGCCAGCAGGAGCUCCAGAGGGGACACGACCGCAAACAGCAGCUGCACAGGCAGCUACAAGAUGCCAGGAAGCAAGAUCUGGAGCUACAGGCUCAGGCUGAGCAGAUCCAGCGGCUGGAGGAGGAAGCGUCCAGGCUGAAAUCUCAGCAUAGUUCAGUCAGUCAGCAGGAAUGGUGUCGGCUCUGGAGGACACAAGAGGAGCUGAAAGCGAGAGAAGAAGAGUGGAAGAAAGAGAGAUCCUUCCUUCAAGAGCAGCUCAAUGGCGUCAGAGAGGAGCUCCACCGCGCCAACCUCAAGGAAGAAGAGCAUCGGCUGAAAAUGCUCCAGAUUGAUGAACUCCAAGGAGAGGUUGACAAGACGCUGGCACUGCUUGAAAAGGAGAGAGAGGAUUGUGUAAAGGCCGAGGAGCUGGAGCGACUGAGAGAAGAGCAACUCAAGGACAAGGUCAGGCAUCAAGAAGAGCUGAUCACAGAGCUGCAGAAAGAGCUGGGAAAGGCUGGAUUUGACCAGAAGGAGAAAGAGCUUAAGGAAUGGAAAGAGUGCUGGUACUCCGUCUCAGAGAGCCUCCGGCACGCACACACACAGCUCCAGCAGGCCCAGGACAGCCUGGAAAUACAGCAGGAGAAGAACCACAGCCUGCAGGAUGAUGUGGAUAAACUUCGUACUGCGCUGGUGGAAGAACAGUCCACAGUCUCCAGGCUACACCGUGAGCUACAGGAAGCAGAACAUCAGAGGGAUCUCCUGGGCUCCAGAGUAGCUGAGCUGAACUGUGACAUCCAGCAGAAAGACUGCAGGCGGCUCGCAGAGCAGGACGAGAUGUCCAGUAGAGAUGAGACAGUUCUGAGACUGACGGCAGACCUGCGGGCCGCUCAGGUGAAUCGGACCGCUGCACAAGAGGAGCUGGCAGAGCAGAUGCAGCAGGUCAUGUCUAGGGAAGAGGAGGUUGUGGCCCUGCAGAAGGAGGUGAGCAGACUUCAGGAGAUCCUGAAACAGAGAGAAGAAAUGAUGGAGAAGAACAAACACAACACAACACUGCUCCAGCGAGAGACAGACUUCCUUUACAGACAGCAGCACAUAGAUAACCUGGAGAGUCUGUGCCGAGAGCUGGAGACGGCCCACAGACAGCAGAGAGACACGGAGGACGAGGCCUCCUGCAGGGCGGCAGCUCUCCGCAGUCAGCAUGCAGAGUUGAUUGAGCUGAAGGCAGGUCUACUGGAGGCUGAGAAACUGGCCACAGACGCAGAGGCCCGACUGCAACCUCUUAGAGAAUCCCUCGAGCUCUGCAAACACAAGUACCAGGCCUGCCUCAGCAAGAUCGCACAACUAGAGAACACACUGCAUGGCCGCGAGGAGGACCUGAAAGAGGCCCACAGUCAGGUGGCACAGAGGGAAGAGCAGGUCCUCCGUCUGAGGGCUCAGGUUGUAGCUCUGCAGGGGGAUCUGCAGGUACACUGCGCCCAGCUGGAGAGUGGAGACGAUGCCUUCGCCGCUCUGAGCCAGCAGCUCCGAGACACGCUGGGAGAGCUGGAGCACAGCCGUAAACACAGCCAGGAGUGUGAGCUGCUCAUCAGCACUCUCAGAGACACCGCUGCUACCCUUCACCGACAGGCUGAAGAGCAAGAGAUGGCAGUGAAGACACAGGCUGAGUUCUCCAUCUACCGGGCCACUCACGUUCACUCCGACUCAGACUACGAAUCCCAGCUGUCCCGUGUUCAGGAACUGGAGCACGCGCUGGAGCGCUGCGGUCAGAGCGCCCAGGAGUUGCGGGUCUGCCAGCUGGAGUUGUCGCGGCACCGAGAUGCCAGUACAGCAGAGGUGCAGCGGCUGCAGGAGCAGGUGAGGAAGCUCCAGGCGGAUGCAGCGGAUGAGGGCCGGAGACGAGCACACGUUGAUUCUCUGGAACAGAAAGUAGCCAGUCUAGAAGGAGAGCUACAGGCAGCUCAAAGGCAGUGUGACCAGGCUAUCCAGAAGAGAGACGCCCUACUGAGACAGUCCGAGGCUGAUCUUCUGCAGGCACGGGAGAAGAUCCGAAGCAAGGCGGCGGAGGCAGAGAGGCAGGCCAUCUCUGCUCGAGGGCUGGAGGCUGAUCUGCAAAGAGCCAAGAAAGAGAAAAGGCAGAGGGAGAAAGAGUGCGCCUCACUCAAAACACAGAUGCUUCAGCUCAGAGAACAACUGAAGGAGGCUCACGCCACCUGCAGAGACACGGCCCAGGAGCUGAUGCGGCAGCAGGAGAAAGUGCAGCUGUUGGAGAGAGGUCAGCGUCUGGCUCAGGAGCAGCUCUCAGAGCGUGUGAUGGAGGUGGUGCGGGCAGAGAAAGCCCAGAGGAGACUCCAGGCAGAGCUCAAGAGAAUAACAGAGAGUCUGGAAAGCACCCAACUGGAGCUCCAGGACUCACGGAGGAUGCUGGAGCGUGUGAAGACAGAGGCCAGCAGCAGCAGACAGGAAGCCGUGAGACUCCAGCAGGAGAAACAGCAGAUCCAGGAAGAGCUGGACAUCAGCAGAGAGACCAUCUCAGCCCUGCAAACUAAGAUGUGUGAACAGGAGAAGCUUCUAAACACACAUCAGGAGUGUGUUUCUGAGCUGCAGCUCACCAUCCACAGACUACAGGAAGAGGAAGUGAACAGCCAGACGCAGCUGUGCAGGAGAGAACUGGAGAUCAGAGAUGAACAAGUGCAGAAGCACUACCAAGAGAUGAGCGCUCUGCAGGCUACAGUGUCCAGGCUGAAGCUGGAUCUGGAGCAGGAGCGGGAGAGGUGGAGGCAGGGGGUACGAGAGGCAGCCAAGGCCGAUCAGAGAGGGAGAGAGCUGAGACUGGAGCUCAGCACAGCACAGGCCUCUCAUAAAGAGUAUAUGGAGCUGCUGGCUGAGUACAGUCGAGAGGUGACGGCCCAGAGGAGUGAGCAGGCCCGUCUGCAGCAGUGCCUGAUCCAGCUGACAGAGGAGAGGGAGACUCAGGAGGAGAGAGUCAAACAGAUGAGCGCAGAUCUACAGAGAGCGCACAUUGAGAGCAGGUGCUCUCAGGAGGAGGCCCGGGCGUGUGAGGGGCGACUGGCGGAGCUGCACACCCAGCUGACACGCUCACAGCAGCAGAUGACGGCCCUGCAGGCCAGAGACGAGGAAGUGCUCAUGCUGAAGAUGGAGAUGGCCUCUCUCAGAGACAACUACACUGCUAAAGUAGCUCAGGUUGAGGCUUUGCUCUCACAGAUGGACGCUGUCAAUCAGAAGUACAGCGCAGCUGUGUGUGAGGCCGAUGUUUUGCGGCAGUGUUUAGGAGACGCACGGAGUGACAGCUCUCGACUUCACAGGGAAAGCGAGCUAGUCGUGACCAAUGUGAACCAGUGGGUGAAGGAGCAAAAGCACACUAAUGAGAAACUGGCACUCAAGAUCAAAGACCAGAGUAGGAAGAUCAUCCACCUGACAGCUGAGAGAGAUCACCUUCAGGAGAAUGUGAAGGGUUUACAGGGGGAAAUCAGGAGGCUGAAAGCAGAGCUGGAUAGAGAGAGAAUGGAAGCAGAGCGACUGAAGUGAAGAAUGAGGCAGAGGAAGAAGAAAGCACUUCCUGACCACCAGCAGCGCAAGUCUGUGCCAGUCAGUGCCUGAUCGACGUGGAUGGCUAUAGAAUUGUUUUCUGCAAACAAACUCACUCUUGGAUCCUUUCUUCAUCACUGACUCGAUGAGUUCUAGAAAAAUACGAUUAUCAAAUGAUGACUGAUAAUGACCUUAUGACAUAUAAAUGUCCAAAAUAGCCAAUCGAAUCAAUUUGCCGACUUCUGUCCGUCAAACUCACUCAAUUGUCUGUCUAUCUGUCUCCUAUUUGGCAAAUUCCCAGCAUUAUGGUAAAAGGGUCUUGUUAUGGUGCAUGUACUUCAGAUACGAGGUAUGCUGAGAGGCUAGUGAAUGGAGUUUUGUUUGUUCCAUUCCUGAAACCAGUCAUUAGUCUCGAAAAAGGACUAAACUUCUGAAUGAUCAUCCAAAAGCAAAACAUCUCUAUGUUUGCACAAAGGAAAGGAAUAGUAGAAUAUAGUGUGAUAAAUGUUUACAAAAAGGAGAAUCAUUAUGUUCCUGGUUAGUUUGUUGAAGUUGUAAAAAAUACUGGUUUACUUUGGAUGUUUGUACUUGUAGUAAAAGUGUUGUAGAAUGUGCAUGCAAAAUUUAUAUUACGAUUCUGACGUUUGACCCACAAAUUUCAUGGUUAAAGGCAGAUGCACAGACCCAAAAUAAUUCAUGCAUAUGAUUUUUUUUAUCUUUUUGUUGUUAAUGCUAUUUCCUACUGUUUGAGCUUCAGAAAAGCACA